GUAACCGAUAUAACUGACAACUAUAUGGUUUGCACGAGUGAUAGGCUAUCGAUAAGCGAGUUACUAUACCCGACUGUAAUUAGUAAUCGAAUAAGCAUAUUAUCGAGCGAGGUGCAACUAGUUGGCGAGUUGACCCUGUUGGACACGUUCAGCACAACAUUAUGGAUAGCGUCGGCAUUGAUUGCAGAUGAGCAGGAAAUCAAUUAUAUCAUGGCAUUAAACCCGAGUCUACCCCUCCAUAAGUCUACCAAAAACACACUGUUAGCCAUAUCUGGUCUAUUGGUCCGCAAAGAUCUUAAUCCAUGGGUUAAACAACGAUUCAAACAAAAAUUUACAGUAAUGGUUGAGACAGGUCUACUUAUGUGGCGAAUAAAAGUGAACAAGAUCAUUGCUAAAACCAAGAGUAUAUUAUCAGAAUUGAAAGCUAAUUACUACAUCUAUCAGGGAUAUCUUAAGUCCGUUGAAAACACACUGUUAGCCAUAUCUGGUCUAUUAGUUCGCAAGGAUCUUAAUCCAUGGAUUAAACAACGAUUCAAACAAAAACGGGUCUAUUGCACUGGCGAAUAA